AUGUACGAAUGGAAUAUGGAGAAUCUGGAGCUCUAUCGUGAUUUGGAACGAAGCAGCGGUUGUGAGGCCAACCGUCAACUGCGUACCGUACGAGAGGCAUGUCAGGAUCGUCCGUCAAACGCCCGAAAAUCCGUGUCCUAUCGUCAAAGAAAGAAUCACAAAAAACACAAAGCACAUUUCGACGACAGCUCAACAACCACUCCGACCACUCAAAGUUUUCCAGGCGUUAGCCUGUCCAUAUCGAACAAUCAGAGCAAGACAUUGGCACUAUCAAUAGCCUUCAAUUUAGCACUUCUUUUGGUUCUCUCUACAGUCAUUCUUUAUGUGACCAUCAGCCACCUGACUCGUCAACGUUCUGCUCAGCACCCGUCUGAAACACAACCUCUCAAAGGAAAAGCUUUAUAG